CUCCAUCAGUCACUAACUCUUCCCCCUGGCUUCUCCUUCAAGCUAUACUCUCAUUCUCUCUCCUCCGACCACAGUCGUCUGUUCCUCCGCUUCACCUUCUCCUACGGGUGUUUCUUUUUGAGUUGUACAGCAGAUGUCUGUUGAUAUCUGCAAGAAGAAUCCAUCGUUUCUUUGGUGUGACUGUGGUUAUAUGAGCAGAGCAAGGUUGUUGUGGUGCUUUCAGACAAUCUUGUUCAACCAUUCUACUUUUACUUGAACCUUUCAAACCCCUUGUCUUCUUCUUUCUUCUCCCUAGCUUCUUCACAAUUCUCUGUUUGGUCUUGUUACUGUGAGUUUACUAGUGAGGGAAGUUACUUUAGUGUAGUGAAAGUUUGGGUUCAAUGGUGAAAACUAACUUGGCACCUGGAUUUCGGUUUCAUCCGACUGAUGUUGAACUUGUGAGAUACUACUUGAAGAGAAAAGUUUUGGGGAAAAAGUUCCAAGUUGAUGCUAUUGCUGAGAUCGACAUUUACAAGUUCGAACCACCUGAUUUACCCGAGAAAUCAUGUCUAGGGACUGGUGAUCUAAAAUGGUACUUCUUCUGUCCAAGAGAAAAGAAGUAUCCUAAAGGCGGUAAGGCUAACCGCUCGACUGAAUGUGGUUACUGGAAGACCACAGGGAGAGACAGAGAUGUUUUAUACAAUAACCAAGUCGUUGGGAAGAUAAGAACUCUGGUUUAUCACUUUGGGAAAACACCUCGUGGUGAUCGGACUGAUUGGGUCAUACAUGAAUAUAGACUUGAAGACCAAGUACUCGCUCAAAAGAAUGUUCCUCAGGAUAGUUAUGUGCUUUGCGUUCUGUUUAAGAAAAAUGGGCUUGGACCAAGACAUGGUUCUCAAUAUGGAGCUCCAUAUAAGGACGAGGAUUGGAGUGGUGAUGAAGAAGAAGAUACUCAACACCUUGUAGCUGCAGUUCCUUCUGCAGUAAACGCUGGUCCUGGUCCUGGUCCUGGUCCUGGUCCUUGCAAAGAAACCAGUCUAGUUGCUACGACCUCACAAUCGCACGCUGUUAAAGAUUGUUUAACAGCAGGAGUGAUAUCAGAAUCUUGCGUCUCUGAUGUACCGCCACUAACUGCCACAGUGCUUCCACCUCUAACAAGUGACGUUGUAGGUUACGCUCCAAUGUCUUCUACACCUCUUCUUGAGGUUCCUCAGGUACCCCACGAUGAUGACGAUGAGUUAAAUUCGAUGCUAGAUCUCUUUUCUGUUGUGAAUGAAGAGUGUUUACUUUUCGACGAUUUGGACUACCAAAAUGAGGUAAGAGAUGAGCCUGGUGUUUAUGUAAACGAGGAGGAAGCUCCAGUAGUAUUAGGAGAUGGCAAUUUCAGUGGAAUGUUUGACCUGAGCGACGAGCAGGUCAUGGAGAUGGAGGAUCUGAUACAGCCGCCCUCUCCUCCUCCUCCUCCGGACACUCAAGCUAGUAAUCCCGAUGAAUCAAGAAGCUAACAACGGUCAGAAUUAGGAGGAGCGACCAUUUAGUAUUAUCUUUGUUGCUCUAGUAUGGAAACAGAGACCAAACAUAAACAUAUGAAGCAGCUUUUUAAUAACCAGAGUGAAGAAUGUUUUUCUUCUUCUGUCGACAUCUCUGUGUGUACACGAAAAGAAGAGACAAAACAAAAGAAUCAGAGUAACAUGGAGACCGUGAGAGAUGUGUGGAGCCAGCUAUUUCUAUGUUAUGUUUCUCCAAAACUACGUUGUUGUAUGUGUAGUCUUAAAAUUUUAUCAUCAUCUAAUUGUGGGAAAGACCUUUUUGCUUUUUAACUUGUGGUAAUAUUCCAUGGUUUCUCUUA